AUGUUAUUCUUUCAAAAUGAAUAUUGUCAUAGGCAUCAUCAUCAUUCCUCUAUUAUUAUUUCUUCUGUAAGGCUUUACGGACAACGUACAACUACUUCUCUGUUACUGCUUCAUCUUCUUCUCCUCUUAUAUACAUCCUUACUACUCGUAGUAUUAUCCUGCCCCUUUCCUUCAGUACAAGCCUCAUCAUCCUCUUCACCUCUUCAUCGAUUUAUUGGAUGUUCCUAUGAAAAGAUCAUGAACCUCCCAACUCAUCCAAGCAAUAACACCCUCAUUACACAACGUAUCAAUAUUACCGAUCAUUUUGAAGACUUUACAGAUCUUCCUUUCGGAUUUGGCUGUGAUGAAAUACAAUUCCCGACUGAAAUUUCAUCCUACCCGUUUUCAACCUCGAAUAUGGAACAAGGUUUGCAUGAUAUUUACUCGCCCGUACAGGCCUCUUCGAAUACCAUGGAUUUAUGUUCCAUGUUUCCAGAGAAUACAAGUUGUGUUGAAACAUUUUGUGGAGUUAAUUCGACCAAGUGGAAUGCUCAAGAUUCGUAUCAAUUGGCGAAUUUUUGUCAAUAUUGCAAAAAGGCGAAGGAUUUUGUUCAAUUUCACAAAAUUGUGGCCGGAUUGGAAAAUUAUGAUAACUCUUCAUGGACGGCGUGUCCUGCGUUUAAGAAGUUUCCUUCUGCGUUUUUGUGUCGAAACGUUCAAAUUGGAUUACCCAUCUAUUUCAUGGAUCGAUAUUUUAUAAGAUUAAGAACUCCAUUCAUGUGCUAUUGUUACAAGUUUGAUCAAUACUCUACAACAUGUGAAGAGAGUUUGUUAUUUACAUUGAAAUUUGAUAGUGCCAAGUUGGGAAUUCUGUUAACUCUCUCUGUUCCUCUAUUUAUUGCCAUCAUGUCCUUAAUUGUUUUCCCCGAAUGUUUAAGUUUUAGAUAUCAAAAACCAACAUCUAUUUCCAUCAAGUCCAUUAUACUCAUGACAGCCAGUGCUGUAUGUAUUGUAGUAGCAAGUGGUCUCUCCUAUCUACCAUCAUUUAAUGAUUCAAAUAAUUUAAUGUACUUGUUGGAAAAUUUGACAUUGAGCUUGAACGUAUUUUUCACAUAUUAUACCAUCAUACCGGUCAUGCUCAUGUUUGAUCGAGUUUACAUGUAUUUAAAAACUGGAGAGAAGAAGAAUUGGACACUUUUCAAAGGCUUGUCCUAUGUUUCUGUUAUUGUGAACACACUUUGCAUGAUUUAUAUUGUUGCAUCUUUUAUUUAUCAAAUUUCAGCACAUACCAUGGAAUUGAAUCCACCUAUGAGGAUUGUAUUUGGAGUGGGUUAUGUGGCAUAUGCCCUUCCAUGGUUUUGUAAUCUUGCUCUAUUUUUACUAGUGUCCUACAAACUUGGAUGUGUAUUGAAAGAGAAGACCAAUAUUUCAUUUUUCAAAACCAAGUACUUUUAUCAAUUCAUGCUGCUCAGUGCACUGACAUUGUUGGCCCUCAUAUCUUGUUUAAUGAGUUUUUUAUAUACUCAAUUCGGUGUCACAUCCAUACAUUUCAUUGUAUCGUAUUAUACUGAAUUUGCAGCACAUUGUUUCAAUAUUUCAUCCUUGCUGGCCGUGGUGAUGAUUUUAUUUGAUAAGGACAAAUUUUGGGAAUGUUAUCCUUGCCUCAAGAGAAUUUCUUUCAGGACAAAGAGAAGAGACGAGGAAGAAGCGUCCUCUAGCUUGAUUGCCAAUACAAGUGGAAAUAGCAAAGUGCAACCUUCUGAGGGCUCUGCGGGUAUGAGUGAUUUGACGACUCCCUAUAAUUCUUCGGCAACGUAUUACAAGUCCUUACAUUCUGAAGAAUCUACUAAUGUGAGCAUGUAA